AUGCUCGACCCAAACAAUGUGACAAACCCCGAAAUGUCGCGAACCAUGCCGACGGGACCAAAGGCGAGCGACCGGCUCUCGGCGAGUGACGCAUCGAACGACGACGUGCAGCGCCUGCAUCGGACCAAGUCGAUGCCCAAGUCUGCGAUUCAGGCCGACCGGCUCAAGCCAUCGACGCCUCGAUCGCUCUCGCCGGCGUAUGUGCCACUCCGGUCACGGCGCGACCGGUCAUGCUCGAGCUCCAAGGUUGCGUCGGUCGAGUCUGUCGAGUCGAGCCUGUACUCGACGCAGCCGCGGUCGCCAUCACCGCUUGCAGGCUCGUUUGCCGGUCUGUACAACUCGUCGGGCGCCGAGACACCCGAGUCUACCUCGCCGGUCACGCCGACCACGCCUGUCCUCUCCCACUCGACCUCUGAAUCGAACUCGCUCUCGCCGUGCCCGCCCAAGAACCGCAGACGAUUGCCACGCCCGAAUCGCGAAGACCCACCCGAAGGCCUCACCGCGGGAGACAUCUCGCUCGGAACUUCAGGCGGUGCCCGUGGCCUCAUUCCGCUGGUGGACUCGUCGUCCUCGCCGCGCGGCAAGGCCAAGGCCAAGGACUCGAGCAAGGCCAAGGGCAAGUAUGGCAAGGCCAAGGGCAAGGCCAAGGCCAAGGCCAAGGCCAAGUCAAAGUCGCACUCACGGGUGGCGGCAAUCAACAGCGACGAGCAACCGUCGUCAGGCUCGCAAAAAUCGCGGCGGGUCUCUGAGUCGUCACUGGCACUGGUGUCGGCGCGAGCUCGGGCGCGGGCCAAAGUCACCCUCGCGAAGGCACGGGUGAAGGCCAAGGCGAAGCUCAAGGCAAACAAGGGCGCGAGCUCGCGAAACAGUUCAGGCGGGUCGGAUACGCCGUGGACAGCGCACCUGCGCGCGCAGCUGCGGUCAGAAAUCAAGGCCGACGUCAAGGCACGGGCCAAGGCUCACACCAAAGAGCAGACCAAGGCCUUUGUCAACGAGCUAGUGCGUGUGUCGGCCAAGGCCAAGGCUACCGCGAAAGCCAAGGCCAAGGCCAAGGCACGGGCCAAGGCUGAGACCAAGGCACGGGCGGUGCUGGCGACCAUGCUCACCGAGGCCGGAGUGCACGACCCGGCGGGGCUCGCGUCCAACUUUUCGCUCUCAUCGCUUUCGUCGCUUUCGUCAGCGUCGGACUCGGAGUCGGACUUUGACUCGUCUGACGAGUCGGGCGACUUGCUCUCGUCGGCGUCGGCGUCGGCGUCGGCUACCGUGUCGGCCGACAGCGACCGGCUACGGCGGGCGCACUCGGCGGCAGUACAGCCUAGCACGCCCGACUCGGCACGCAAGAGUAAGCCCAAGGAGGCCAAGCGGCGCAAUCUACAGCUCGGGGCACACGGCGACGACAUCAACGCACUCGACGAGUUUCUCUUUGACCGCGGCCUGCUCUCCGAGCUCGCGGUGGUCGGCCUCGACUCGAUGCCGGAGAACAUGCGUGAUGAAAUCAUUUCGCAGCACUUGCAAGGCAUCUCGUUUGCGCGCAAGAACCUGGAUAAGGUGGAGAUUGCAUUCCAUCGGACUGUGGCGGCGCGAAACGGGGCGUUUUUCUCGCUCCAUGUUGACUCUGUGGAGACGCAUCUCGAGUCGGACGUGCUCGACACGUACCGUCUAAUGUCAGAGGCGGCCGGUGGUCCGCUGCUGGGGCGCGGGACUACGGGCAAGGUCUUCCUGGCCAAGCACAUUGCCACGGACAAGGUGGUGGCGAUCAAGAAGAUUCGCAAGGCAAACAUCGAGUCCGAGUCGGAGGCGCGGAUGCUUGCGCGCGAGAUUGCUGUGCUGCAGCUGGUUCAGCACCCGAACAUUGUGGAGCUGUACGAAGUGCUCUACACGGCGCGAAACAUCUACAUUGUGAUGGAGCACUGCGGUGGCGGAUCGCUCAAGGACGCCAUCGACGCCACUCAGUCGGGCCUCAAGCCGCUCCGUGCCGCCCAGCUCUUUGGCGAGCUCCUCUCCGCCAUGAUCUACCUCCACUCGCACUGCCUCGCGCACCGCGACAUCAAGCCGGACAACAUCUUGCUCUCUGCAGACGGCCAUGUCAAGCUUGCGGACUUUGGCUUUGCCACAAUCUUCGACCCUGCGCUCGCGCUGACGACCUUUUGCGGGACGCCGUGCUUUGCGGCGCCAGAGCUGAUGCGGUCCGAGCCGUAUGAUCCUCGGGCGGCGGACAUGUGGUCUGCGGGAGUGACGCUGUUCCGGAUGCUCUCGCGCGAGCUUCCGUUCCACCAUUCCGACCUUUCGACACUGUAUGACUUGGUGCGGGCAGGCAAGUUCUCGUACCCGCGGCGAAUCAAGUCCAAGGCGCGCAAGCUCAUCUCCAGCUUGCUCGACAUGUCGCCAACCAAGCGCGCGACGGUCAAGUCUGCAUUCAACUCGGACUUUAUGCGCAAGGUGUCCAAGCCUGUACCACCGGCGGCGUCGGCGGUCCACCGCAAGGUGUGGACGUACGACACACCGGGCUCGCCGACUGACUCGACGGUGACCCGAGCGCCGCCGAUUUUGUCGACGGCGAACCUCUCGAGCAUCUGCCCGCUGCAGUGCUACUACUCGCAGCUCGGGUUCCUCUGCCCGUGCGCGCCGCUCCUCGCGGCGGCCGACGAGUCGUUUAUGGCGUCCGACCCGUUCCUGCUCCGGCUCUUGGAGCUCGGCUUUCAGUCGACGUCGCUGCAGGCGAACCUCCUCUCCGAUGCGCUCACUCCCGAGCGCGCGGCAUACUUUUGGUCAAUCUCGGACGAGCUUCCGCCACUCCUCCGCAACAACUACACCACGAUCAAGCUGGCCCGGAUCAAGGCGGCGUCGACCGGCGAGGAGCCGACGGUGCGGAUCACGGCCGAGCCCGACAAUGGUGAACCAGCCAAGCCCGCGGCGGCAAAGUCAGCAUCAUCGACGACAGGCGGGCACGACCGGACGUCAGAUUCGCGGUCGCGGUCGCGGUCGCGCGGGCGCUCGUUUACUGUCUCGGGCGGGGAUGACGAAGACGACGACGGCCUGUGGGAGCUCGGCUCGUGGCUGGUUGGCAACGUGUCAUCGUACAACAUCUUUGGCUCGCACCUGUACUCGUCGUCGCACUUUGCGGUGCAGGUCUCUGCUGGUGGCAGUGGCGGUGGUGGGCCGUCGGAUCAGGGCUUUGCCGACACGGCCGAGUCGACUCGGUCGACCUCACCGCCACAGUCAGACGCGGACCGGCGCAACCGAUCGGCGUCGGACCUGCACUCGCCGCUUCAGUCGAUCUCUACUUGCGUGCCGUUCCCGUCGCCCGGUGAGGCAUCGGCCACCCACGGUUCGCCACGGGCUGCCGCCAUUUCACCUGGAGUCAAUUCGCCAAGCACGCGUAAGCGGUCGUCAGCAUCGCUAGUGCGGCGGCAGAUCGGCCCGUCGGCGUCGCCAACACGCAGCAAUACGCCGCGCGGCACUUCUCCAGCUGGAACGCCGCGGCGGUCGUCCAUCAUCGGGCGGCCGCGGCCGCGGCGGCGAUCGUUCAUGGUCCAGCCGCUGGACUCGCCGUCGCUUGCGCAGUCGACCUCGUUCUUCAACACGGCGUCGCGGCUCCCAGCCAUUGCGGCCGACAUCGACAGGGCGCAUCCUAUGCCAUCUUCGGAAUGGGACGACGAUGACGACGACGACAACCGCAAGGAUGGGCUCAUCGAAUACCUCGACAUCACCCCCAACGCGGUCCUCUCGCUCCCGCCCGGCCAAUGGUACCGCUACUGGUACCACAAGAAGCCAUCUGGUCGCUAUUGCAUGGCCCGCAUCCGUCAUAUGGCCGUCGGUGCCAAGGCACGCGCGCCGGGUGAGGUCGCCGAGCUCGACAUGACCAUCGCCAACUUUGUGUCGACUGCCGGUGAGCCACUCUCACCUAGGCGGUCGGAGCCGGAGGCCGCAAGCCUCAGGCGGUAG